UGAGAAAACUGAAAAGUGGGAUUGGUGCAAGUUGCAACAGUAACAUUUUUCUCCGAAUAAUGGAGGAAUAUUCAUUCAUUUCGCACCAUUCUUCGUAAUCUUCUUCUUCACUCUUCACUUUCAGUCUUCAAACUUGUUCACCAGAAAUCAAAUCCCUAAUAUUCAUCAAUUGUAUUGUAUUAAUGCGAAUAUCAUAUUACUACCUUGCUCGCUCUCGUCUUCUUCUUCGCCACUCUUCCAUUCUCAACCAACAACCUCCUUCACUUCCUUCUUCGCACCCUCCAAACACCAAAUCCUAUUCUUCUAAGAACCUUCUAGAAGGCUUCUCUCCCGCACCACCUCUCACCUCCCGCCGCUUCUUCUUGCUCCUCUUCGAUCCUCAACGCCACAACCGCCACUCCAAUUAUAACUAUACCUCACACUGCAGUGUCUUCACAAGGGCAAAGCAAGCUAAGAAUAUUGAAAUCAACGAUCGACACAGUGUACGAGCUGUGACAACUGCACUGUGGUGUAACUUUCUUGUUUUCUCUCUCAAGUUUGGAGUGUAUUUUGCUACCUCUAGCCAUGUUAUGUUGGCUGAAGUUGUGCAUUCAGUCGCCGAUUUUGCAAACCAGGCGCUGCUUGCUUAUGGUCUAUCUAGCUCAAGGCGAGCGCCAGAUGCUAUCCAUCCUUAUGGCUAUUCCAAGGAAAGAUUUGUUUGGUCUUUGAUAUCUGCUGUUGGUAUCUUUUGUCUUGGUUCUGGUGCCACAGUUGUUCAUGGUGUUCAGAACUUGUGGACUUCACAGCCCCCUGAGAAUAUGCAAUAUGCAGUUUUGGUCAUAUGUGGUUCAUUUAUCAUUGAAGGUGCCUCACUUAUUGUUGCCAUACAAGCUGUAAAGAAAGGUGCAGCCGCCGAGGGAAUGAGACUAAGAGAUUAUGUGUGGCGUGGCCAUGAUCCUACAUCUGUUGCAGUAAUGACCGAGGAUGGUGCUGCUGUGACAGGCCUUCUUAUUGCUGGGGCAUCAUUGAUUGCAGUGAAUGUCACUGGAAAUGCUAUUUAUGAUCCCAUAGGCUCAAUCGUAGUUGGCAACUUACUUGGCAUGGUAGCCAUAUUUCUUAUCCAGAGAAAUCGACAUGCUUUAAUUGGCAGAGCUAUGGAUGACCAUGAUAUGGAGAAAGUGCUUCGAUUUUUGAAAAAUGAUCCGGUUGUAGAUGCUCUCUAUGAUUGCAAAAGCGAAGUUAUUGGGCCAGGAUUCUUCAGAUUUAAGGCAGAAAUAGAUUUUAAUGGAGUUAUGGUGGUGCAAAAUUAUCUGACAAGGACAGGACGUGAAGAGUGGGCUAAACAGUUUCGCGAAGCUGCAAAAAAGGCUGAUGAUGCCGCCCUAAUGAAGAUUAUGUCAAAUUAUGGUGAGGAAGUAGUUACAGCAUUAGGAAGUGAAGUGGAUAGGUUGGAGAAGGAGAUCCAAAAUCUUGUCCCCGGUAUUCGGCAUGUUGAUAUUGAGGCACACAAUCCAACAGAUGCGACCUUGUAGACUAAAUAUUCUCAGUAACACAUAAUUUUUUGUCACCAUCCACUUCACAUUCUUUUUAUGUAAUUGAAGCUUUUUUUAUGAAUGAUUAGAUUUGUCAUUUUUCAGUA